UUGCGGAGUGGUUCGCAGCGUACGGAGAGCCUGCGCCCUCAGCAUCGUCCGGACUGAUGACAAACUUCGAGGAAAGUCCUAAGAUCUACGGGGGUACAAACCAUCACCGAGCCUUCAAGACCCAGGCGACCGUGAUGAAGAAAGGGCGGAUAACGCGAUAGGGCAGGGCAGAAAUAGGAUACACAGGAGAGGGACACCAUUGUUCAUUGUGUGGCUAGUGCGCGGUGGCAUUUUGUCCCCCGCAAGUUCUGGCGUGUGGAACACAGUCAGGUCGUUAAUGUACGUGGUGAAAUGUGACCACCGUGGAGGGUCGACAAGCCGUGUCUGAACUAUCAUCGAAGCC